UAAGACCGUGGCAGAUGCAGGGGAUAGGAUUGCUGAGAUGACUGAGAAAACUAAGAAAAGCAUGAAAGAAUCCAUGGAAAAAACUGAAAAGAAAAUCAAAGAAGCGAAGAACAAAUCAAAGAGUACAAGUGCAGAUAGCAUGAGAGACAAGACAAAUGAAUUGGCACAAGAGACAAAAGGUAAAGCGAAGAAGAAAGCACAUGAUAUGAAGCAAAAGAUUAAAGACACGACGGAGCCUAUAGAGGAGACUAAAGAAAGAGCAAAGAAGAAAGCCCAAGAAGUGAAGCAAAAGACUGAAGACACGACGGGGACUAUAGCAGAUAAAGCUCAAGAUAUGAAGAAGAAGACUAAGCAGAAAAUGCAGGACGUAUGGGGCGCAGCAAAGGAGACAACACAAAAAAUUAAAGAAACGAUGGUUGGUAAAUCGGAGGAUAAUGAUAAAAAAUCUAUUGAUGAUUAUAUUGAAGAUCAUACUGGAAAAACAAAGGAAAAGGAUGUAGUGAAGUUGAAGAGGAGUACAGGUGAGUUUGAUGACAAGAAAUAUUGAAAUAAGAAGUGGAAAAUGUUUAGCUAAGGUGUUUCUUCUUCUCCUUCAUGUAAUAAUUUGAACACACACUAAAUAUUGAAAAAACAAAUAUGUACCGUAGAAAAUUGAAGUGACUUGCUUUAUUUGUAAUUGAAAUUGACUGGGGUUAAUGUUUUAUUGAGCUUAUAGUAUCUACUAUCUUUUAA